CCAAAGUCGUUUCACAAGAGGGAAAUUUUAAAAUAGGGAAGAGGCGCUCUUGUUUGAAGUUUGGAGGGGUGUAACGGCACAAGCGAUGUAUAGACCGGGGAAAGGCAAGACUCCUCGCAGGCCGGGCCUAAAAAAGAAAUCCAAUGCAGAGAAAGACCCUGUUGGCGUGUACUGCCGUAUACGCCCGCUCGGAGGAGAGAAUGAAGAAUGUUGUGUGGAAAUGAUCAGCAACUCCACGAUUCAACUGCACGCUAUUGAUGGCCUUAAAGCCAACCGCAACGGCGAAUACAAAGAGACUCAGUACUCCUUCAAAAAAGUGUUUGGUAUCAACACCACUCAAAAGGAGCUCUUUGAGGAUGUCGCCAAGCCGCUAGUAGAGGACCUCAUCCAAUGUAAAAAUGGUCUGCUGUUUACAUACGGCGUAACAGGAAGUGGUAAGACCUUCACCAUGACUGGCUCGCCUGGAGAAGGUGGACUCCUCCCACGUUCCCUAGACAUGCUCUUCAACAGUAUAGGCCCCUUUCAGGCCAAAAGAUUUGUGUUUAAGGCGGAUGACAAAAAUGGGGUUGACAUCCAGAAUGAUGUUGACGCUCUUCUGGAGAGACAAAAGCGAGAUGCUCAGCCCUUUGUGCCGAAAACGCCUUCCUCCAGACACAAGACCCAUGACCCAGAAUUUGCAGACAUGAUCAGUCCAGACGAGGCGUGUAAAGCUGACAAUGUGGAUGAAGACUGCUGUUACUGCAUCUUUGUGUCUUACAUUGAGAUCUACAACAAUUACAUCUACGACCUUCUCGAAGACGCCUCGUUUGACCCCAUCAGGCCAAAGUGGCUUGGUGUAGGCACGCCUGUAAAGAACACUGAUUUUGUGCCACCUCAAUCCAAGCUAUUGCGUGAAGAUCAGAAUCAUAACAUGUAUGUUGCCGGCUGCACAGAAGUUGAAGUCAAGUCUACAGAGGAGGCGUUUGAAGUCUUCUGGAAGGGACAAAAGAAAAGAAGAAUCGCAAACACUCAAUUAAACCGUGAGUCCAGUCGUUCCCACAGUGUCUUCACUCUAAAGCUCGUUCAGGCGCCUCUCGACGCCGAUGGGGACCACAUUAUGCAGGACAAAAACCAGGUGAAUGUGAGCCAGUUGUGCUUGGUUGACCUGGCAGGUAGCGAGCGCACCAGCAGAACCAGAGCUGAGGGGAGCCGUCUGCGUGAAGCAGGUAAUAUAAACCAAUCUCUGAUGACUUUGCGCACGUGUAUGGAAGUGCUGCGAGAGAACCAAAUGUGUGGAACAAAUAAGAUGGUGCCAUACAGGGACUCUAAAGUGACUCAUCUGUUUAAGAACUACUUCGAUGGAGAAGGAAAGGUCAAGAUGAUCGUGUGUGUCAACCCCAAAGCUGAUGAUUAUGAGGAAACAAUGCUGGUAAUGCGCUUCGCAGAGAUGACACAGGAGGUGGAAGUUGCGCGACCGGUUGACAGGCCCAUAUGUGGCCUCGCUGCAGGACGGCGGCAGAGAAACCAGGCGUACAGGGAUGAGCUGUCACGUGGCCUGGAUGACCGAGCAGGUCCCAGUAAUGCUGAAGAUGACCCAGUUCUGCUGAAUCAGCUCAUUGAAAGCCUUCCACCUUUGCCUACUUGUGACCUGGUGGACCCAGCAGAUGAUCAGACGCUGCCACGCCUGAUUGAGGUUCUGGAAAAGAGGCAUCAUAUCCGCCAGCUGAUGGCAGAGCAGUUCAACAAAACCGCCAAUACACUCAAGUCCAUGCUUCAGCAAAUUGAUAGUCAGUGUGGCGCAAAGGAGAAUUUCAUCCAUGACCAGCAAAGUAAACUGAGCGAGAAGGACAAAGUGAUCAUCAGCCAAAAGAUGGAGCUUGAACGGCUGGAAAAAAAAUCCAAAACCCUGGAAUACAAGAUUGACAUCCUGCAAAAGACGACUGACAUGUACGAGCAUGACAAACGCUCACUGGAGCAGGAGCUGGAAACUCGAGCUCAAAAACUCCAGAGGGAACUAUCUGAGAGGAGGCGGAUGGAGCAGCGCAUGCAGGGCAUGGUCACAGACACCAGACUCAAGUGGGAGAAGGAAUGCGACAGACGAGUGAAUGCCAAACAGCUGGAGAUGCAGAACAAGUUGUGGGUGAAGGAUGAAAAGCUGAAGCAGCUGAAAGCCAUCGUUGCAGAGAGCAGCAGCAGCAGCAGCACAGAGCGUCCAGACAAACCACAAAGGCCCUCAAGGGAUAGAGAUCGCAUCCACGGCCAGAAGAGAUCUGCAUCGCCAUCCCCUCAUCCGGACUUCAGACAAACUCCUUCCCACCAAAGUCAAAGUGAGAUUAGGGCAGUUCAGGACACUUCCCCCACCUAUCCUUCAGUAGCCUCCUGCGUCUCUCAGUGGGAGCAGAGGUGCCCUGUAGACACAGGAGCUCACUGUAGACAAGCCGAGACCCCACGGCAUAGGGGUCGGACUCCCGCCGCGGGCCAUGGCGGCAGCAGUGUGGCUCGCAGGAGAGGCCAGCGCUGGGCCGCAGACGCUGACACCAAUCUGGACUGUGAGCUAGACCUAGAGGCAGGAAAAAGGGUGGCUGGGGAAAUUAAUCCAGUUCACAGGCGCUCACACUCUGCAGGCGGGGAGAAAUGGGUUGACCACAUACCACCUUCUAAUGUUGACGUAGACACUGUCAUGCAGCCAAUCAUACCCAAUGCAAUCCAAUUGUCCACCCCGAGCGGGAAAGCUCUGUCUAAAUGUCACAAGUACGUGCUUAGACAUCAAGAGCUUGCUUCCGACGGGGAGAUAGCAACCAAGUUGAUCAAGGGCAACGUUUUUAAAACUAGAGGUGGCGGCCAGGCGGUGGAGUUCACUGAUGUUGAGACACUGAAGCAUGAGUGCCUAGCUGGACCAAGUCGCAAGAGGAGAUCUGACCCUUCAGAGACAGAAGAGGAACAAGAAAACCGGGCUCCUGUUGCAAGCACAAGCAUGGCCUUUGGCUAUCAAAAACGCAGGAAGCCUUGAUGUGUUGCUUUUUUUCUACAUAACAGCAUGACCCUCUGGAGCAUGAAGGAACUAUGCAGUAUCUUUUAUAUUGGAUCAUGUCAUUUUACAUUGUAAUAUCAGGACAAAAAUGACACUGAUUAAGCAAGAGAAUCAGCAUAUGCUGGUGGGGGUUCUCUUUUGACAUGUUUUUUUAGAACCUCAAAUACUGUACAUUACGUGUAUAAGACUUGAACAUAAGAAAUUUUCCCUGCCACCCAAAUUGAUAGGAUAGCAUUACAAAAUAUUUACUUUUUCAAUGCAUAGUGCAUUUGUACACUUUUUGCACCACCGCUUUGUGACUUGGCAGACUUAGCCUAAAAAAGCAACUGGAAAUAUGAUGCUGUCAAAUAGGUUUUGUUGAAAUUAAUGUGCUGUAUAUAUGUUUAAUUAAGCUUUUUUUUUCUUUUGUUUAGAAAAACGUGUAAUAGUUUUUUUUUUUUUUUUUUUUUUUUUUUUGGUGGCAUUAAAUUUAUUCAAACAAAGUACAGUGUUUUGAGAUGUACUGUAGGAAUCCCCAAACCAACUCAUUCGAGAAACUUGUACAUUCUGCUGCAAAAUGACAAUACAAUAUAAUCCAGCAUUCACAGCGCUGCAGAUUUGCAUGGUUUUGGUCAGUUUUUUUCUUUAUUUUUAUUAAGGUCAAAUGUACAGCAUACAGAAAGCCCACAAUUAUUUACAUGUUUGUCUUUAUGCUUCACUAAUGUUUUAUUGUUUUUCUUUUUGUAAAGCGUUGAGAUUUCACACUGUUUGGCAGUCUUUGAAUGCACUACAGUGCUCUGACUCGCUUUACA